ACAUAAACAACGCAAUUGAGUUGUGAGACACCGAUUUGGUAUAUUUUUCGAAUACGAUAAUCUUGUAAACAUGAGUGAUCAAUUGAAGUAUGUUGUUCAAGAGCUGAACAAGAGUCCUCUGAACAAAUCUUUUAAUUUGAUAUCAUUCGAUUCCCUGAAUUCGGAGCAACUGCUGCAGGUUCUAACUGAUGUGUUGGCACUAAUUGAUACCAGCAACAAAGUUGACAUUCGAACUGAAGAACCUGAACAGACCACCAUCAGGAUUUUGGGAAUGUUGAGAGUUUUGAAAUACAAACCUGGGCCUGAAACACCAGCAUCAGUAUUCAGACAGGGCUUAGUCCAAGGAGACAAACACAUUAUUCAUCCAAUAUUGGAAUGGCUAUUCCAGAAUAUGGAGGCUCUGAAGAAGAGGGCUUAUUUAUCGAAGUACCUUGUAAAGGUGGAAGUGCCUCCUGACAAACUUGCUGAUCAGGAUCUGGCAGCACUUUAUGAGCAGUAUGAGAAUCUCAUUGAAGAUUUUAAAGCAGUUCACAAAGAAAGUGAAGUGUUGAAGAAGAGUGCAAAUUCAAUAGCAGAGCUGCGCACUGACAUAGAAGCAAUGGAGAAGGAGAAGGAAAUUGUCUUGAAAAGAAUAGAAAGAAUGGAAAGAAAGAUUGAAAAUUUGCCAACCAGAGAUGCUAUGCUUGAAGCAGCUCAUGCCCUGAGGCUGGAGCGUGAGAGGGAAAAGGAGCUGGAAUUACAGAAACAUGAACAGCAAACUAUUUUGCACCACACUGAACAACGGGCUCAGAGAUUGCAGAAGCAGUUGAAAGAGCUUAGACAAUCAGCAGUUGGAGCAACUCCAAAAGGAUUGUUACAACGUUUAGAAGAAGAGACAAAUGUUAAUACUUACAUUGUGAAGCAAAAAUUGCCGAAAGAAAUAGAAAUGAAGAAACAAGAAGUUGAAAUACUCCAGAAUGUAGCUUCAGAUGCAUCAUUAGGCAGAGGAGACUUGGAGACACUGAAUAGGAAGAUCCAGGAAGUAAAUAAUGAUGUGAACCAAUUAGUUGAACGGCACCUAGCUAUGAAUGACCCAGUUGAAGAUAAGCUGGCCCCAUUUCGUCAGCAAGCAGCGAUAAUUGGGAGGAAGAAGGAAAGUGCAGCCGAACAGUUGAGAGAGCUGAAAAACAGAUUAUCUUCACUUGAAGCAAAUAUACAGGAAAAGCAGGAAAAAUUGAAGGAAUUUACAGGGGAAAGAGUUCUGCGCGAAGAAGAAUUCAAGCAGUAUGUCAACAAGCUAAAAGGCCGCAGUGCACUGUACAAACAAAACAGAGCAGCACUUUCAGCACUGAAAGCUGAAGCUGGAGUUCUGACCAGGACAUUAGAGCUACUGAAUUCCAGAAAUGUAGCCCUUCUAAGGGAACUGUCUGUUCGGGAAGCUCAGCAUGGUGUAUUGGGAUUACGUGCUACUGAAGAGAGAUUGGAAGAAGUUUCUAGUGAGAAAGCAGAUGUUGAUCAAGAGAAAGGAAAGACAUUAGAAGAAAUGUCAUCUGUUGUUGUGCAAUUAACACAACGUAUAGCAAGUAGAAAAGCUCUGUUGGCACCAAUAAUAAAGGAAUUACGACCGUUACGAGAACAAUGUCAGGAAGUAACAACAGAAUAUGAGCAAAAGAAGCAGAUAUAUGAUUCAACAGCUGCUGGUCUGGAGAGCACUACAGCAAAAAUUGAACAGGAAGUACGAGCACUGAAAGAUGAAAUAAAUUCUAGAGAAUCACAGAUUGCUCUUUUAGAAGCACAGUGCAACAUGACAAAAGUAAAACUCGAAAUGGUAUCAGAGGAAAUUCAGCUUUAUGUAAGCAGCACUCCAGCAGAUAAAAAUAAGUCCAUGAGAGAAAAGUUAACAAACUUGAUAAACGAACAAGAAAAAUUGAGUCGCCAGCUCAAAGAAGAACAACGAACGGUCAAGGAGCAUCAAACUAACCACACUCGUCAGAUGAAGUUGUGGUCAGAUUUACAAAAAUUAAUGGAGUGUAAAAAACGUUGUCAUCAGGCAGCUCUUGAAAACAGUGGAGUUGUCCAUAGAGAAAAAGGUGCCGAAUAUUGGUCAAGUACUAAAAACUAACUGUUGCAAAAUUAGAAUUGAGUUUUUUGCAUUUCUGUCUCAAAGAGCUUGUAAAAUAUGGCUCUUUCUGUAGUACUGUUUGUUAAUUAAUUGAGUCAUUACUGUUGAUGAAUACUGUUUUGAGAUUGUAUGUACUAUUUUUCCAGUGAAUCUAUGAUCCCAUGUGUUGAACAUAUUUAAAAUACAACAGAAUUAACAGUUAAAACAGUUUUUACAUUUGUAGACACACUGUAUAAGAUGUAGAGAAUAUGUAUUUUGAUU